GACCCCAGUGGCAGCUCCGACUCACUGCACUCCGUCUCUCUCUCUGUUGUCUGUCAGUGUCUCUCUCCCUCCUCCCUCUCUCUCUCUCUCUCUGUGUAUCUCUCCAUAUCUCUCUCUCCCUCCUCCUCCUCCCCUCCCCUUCGCCUUCUUGUCUGGUUUCUUUCCACCGGAGCAGCCGAGGUCCCCGCCGGGUCGAAGGUUCUGCCCUGAUCCGCCCAGACUGCCGCAACCUCCGGACGACCGCGUUGAACCUCCCCGCUCUCCUCGCUGCUGCUGCCGCAUGGACCCGCGUCUCUGCACCGCUGCCUCCGCCGCUUAGAGGGCGACCCCGACCCGCCGCUCUCUUCCUCUCCGGCCAGAUAUAUAUACAUAAAUAUAUAUAUAUAUAUAUAUAGUAUAUACACACACAUAUAUACAUAUAUAUAUAUAUAUAUAUAUAUAAAAAAAAAAAAAAGAGGAGGUAGAGCAACCUUUCUCCGCUUUGCUUUGGAGGACCGAGAAGGGGGAGAAAGAAGGGCAGACGGGACUGCAGUGUGUCGUGGUCGAGUCGGUCGGCCGGGUCGCUGCUCCUGCUCCUGCUGCUGCUGCUGCUGGGAGACUUCCUGGGCUUCUUUUAAAAGCGGCUCUGAAGGAUGACCGCUGCACGGCUCGCUGCUGAAUCCCGGUGAACGAACGGCGUCUCAUGUCCAAACGGCGGAAGGAUGGCUCAUGGCAAAGUGACCAUCACGGUGGACGAGUACAGCUCCAACCCCACGCAGGCCUUCACACACUACAACAUCAACCAGAGCCGCUUCCAACCUCCACACGUCCACAUGGUGGACCCCAUUCCUUAUGACACUCCCAAGCCAGCAGGACACACCAGGUUUGUGUGUGUGUCAGACACACACUCGCGUACAGACGGCAUCCAGAUGCCCUACGGCGACGUGCUGCUGCACACGGGCGACUUCACCGAGCUGGGCCUGCCCUCCGAGGUUAAGAAGUUCAACGACUGGCUAGGCGGCCUCCCGUACGAGUUCAAGGUGGUGAUCGCCGGCAACCACGAGCUGACCUUUGACAAGGACUUUAUGGCCGAGCUGGUCAAGCAGGAUUACUACCGAUUCCCCUCAGUGUCCAAACUCAAACCCGAGGACUUUGACAAUGUCCAGACGCUCCUCUCAAACUGUGUGUACCUGCAGGACUCGGACGUCACCAUAAAGGGAUUCCGGAUAUACGGAGCGCCAUGGACUCCGUGGUUUAACGGCUGGGGGUUCAACCUGCCUCGGGGUCAGUCUCUGCUGGAUAAAUGGAACCAGGUCCCUGAAGGCAUCGACAUCCUGAUGACCCACGGACCUCCGCUCGGUUUCAGAGACUGGGUUCCUAAGGAGCUGCAGCGGGUCGGCUGUGUGGAGCUGCUCAACACGGUCCAGAAGAGGGUGCGACCCAAACUUCACGCCUUCGGAGGCAUACACGAAGGUUACGGGAUCAUGACAGACGGCUUCACGACGUUCAUCAACGCGUCGACCUGCACCGUCAGCUUCCAGCCCACCAACCCCCCCAUCGUGUUCGACCUGCCCAACCCCUCCAGCUCCUGAGACCAGAGGACGGGGGUGGGGUGGCACGAUAAACUACUUUUUCUUUUUUUCUAUAAAUAUGUCAAGUUUAAAAAAAAACAACAAAAAAAACAAGUUCUAAGUGUUUCUUUGAAAACUUUGGGUCUCCUCCAAGCUGUCGUUGAGAUUGGGGAGAUUUGGAGACGUGGGGGGGGGGUUUGUCUGGGAGGGUUAAAGGAGAAUACCGGUGUUUUCUUCUUUUUUUUUCUAGUUGUGCUAAAAUAAUCUGUGUCCACUCUCAGAUUUUUGUUUUUUCUACACAGUCACGUUCAGUCUGGAAAAAAAACAACUUUCAUAAAGAAGAUUUGUCCCAAUUUCAUCAGACAGACUAAAGCAUUACGCUCCACUUCAUGUUUAACAGCAGCAGGAAGAAAUGGAAACCUCAUCCAGGAAUUUAUCCCUAAAAAAAUAAGUUGCCUUAGUGCAGAACAGAAGGAAGCGAGAGCGAUGAUUUUUUUUAUUUUUUGGGGAUCAUGAAGUUAAUUUUCUUGACAUCGUAAAUUAAUAUUUUUUGUUCGGUUACAGGAAAAUACUUGACAUUUUUUGCGUUCCUGACAUAAUCUGUUGGGUUUUUUUAUCACUAAAAAUACAAUUUCAUGAUUAGAAGAAAACAAAACAUGAUGAACAUUUACACUCUCGUCCUCUCCGACCUUCCGUACCAUCACAUUUGCAAGAAAACAAAUGUUUCAUAAUAAGUAUGCAAUGCAAGAUACAUUUUGGGGGAAUAAGAAACUGAGUUGUGAGUGACACCGGUAUUCUCCUUUUUCAGAGGGAUUUUGUGGUUAAACAAUCUUGCUCUUGAUAAAUAUUGGUCAGAUCUGUAAAAUAAAUGAUGCUUUGUGAAUUUGUACAAUUUCUUUAUGUUUGGUUUGCAUUGGCCGGACAAUGGAUGCCAUUGUUUUUAUGUUGUAUCAUCUGAUAUUUUGUGUUAGGUCUUUUUUAUUUUUUGUUUCGUUAUUCUCGUCAGUUCCUCUUUUCUUAUUGGCUGACAGGGACGCUGCCUUAAACUAGCUUUAAUGUUCUCAGCUAGAGCCCCCCCACUCUCUGCGAGCUCAGAGAAAAGUCCUUAUUUAUUACCCCGCAAAACUAACGCAGGGACAGAAAGCUAUCAAAUUACAGCCCGAAAAAAUUACCUUUGUAACAUCCCGCUAUGGAUUUCUGAUCUAAUUUGGAAAAUGUAUGUAUAAAAAAAAUAUAUAUAUAUUAUAUAUUCAUGUUGUAAAACAUCUGUACUAAAAGUUGUGUUUGACGGAAAAAAAAGAAUCUGGUGCAUUUUUUUUCUGUAUGCGCCUGUAUAAUUGACAUGUUUCUUUAAAUGCUCCCAUCCGACGCUCUUCAGACGUUUCUUUAAUGUUUUUUGUAUCGACUCUCCCAUUAGGGUAGACAUUCAUUUCAGAUGAGAGAGGAAACAUUUUGUCAGAGUCACAAUCCAACAGGUGCUGGUUGUACCCAACAACACGCCUGCCUAAACCUGGUAAAGUUGUCCUUUUAAAGUGUAACUCUGAUAGUAUUUGUGUUUUUAUUGCUUUUCUUUUUUUCAAAUUUUGCACUGUGUGUAAAUGCAAUCUUGCUAGCACAAAAAAAAAUGUUGCCAAUAGUUGUUUCAACUUUGCCGCUGUAAAUGCUCUUUCCGUGCUCUGUUCCUCUCUCUCGCUCUUUCUCUGAUUGUAUCCCUCCUCAUGGAAAUGUUAGUUCUCUCUUUCAGUUCAUUGUGAUAUAUUUAGCUGCCUUUAUAUGCAAAUAAAAUUGCAAGAU